CCUUCAUUGCGGUGGACCAGUCUGGCUUGGGUUUAGAUCUCCCCCCCCACCCCUCAUCCCGAAAUAACCCAGAGACUUCCCCUACCCCCACCCCAAAUUAUUAUUUUGAAGGCGCUAGAUCUGGGGACGGAAAGGGGGAGGGGGAGAAAUCGGAAACCGAGGACAACCCAAAAGGACUCACUUUGCCUGAUGACUCAACGCAACUAAUAAUCAUCUCCCUCUCAGUGUCUCUCUCUCUCUGCGGCUUGUCAGUGAGUCCGGCUCCGGCUGUUGGCGGCGGCGGCCGAGAGGGGAGAGGCUGGAGGUGACAGCUUGGGCGGCCGCCGCGUUUUCUCCCGCGCGCGGUCCCGGGUCCCUGCGCCUUUUCGGCUCUCGGUGGCACCGGCCCUACUGCUCCGGCCGCACCUCCUCGCGAGCUAGCAGCCCUGGGAAGCGGCAGCCCCAGGCCGCCUCCCAGUUCUCAGCCCUUUCUCUCCAGAACGGGUCUCCUUCCCGAAGGUGUGAAAAGGCUUUUUUUCAGCCUCCUCUCUUCUCCCCUCCUCCGCCGUCCCCUCCCCCGCUCGCUCGGGUGCCCCUUUGGAGGAGCCCUCCUUUCCCUCUCCUCCUCCUCCCUCCACCCCCCCCAAUCAUCAUCAUCAUAACAACCAUCUCCGCACUAGAAGACACCCUGACCCAGGACCUUAAACGUUAGGACCUGGGAAAGAGGAAAGGGGAAGGAGUAAAGAGAAAGGAAGACUAGGAGAACACUGCAAGGCAAAGCACCAGAAAGUUUCCACCCUGGAUUCUCUACUUUUGCUCCAUGGACAGAGCCCCAGCCAGCCAAGUUACAGACAGACCGUGAGCAGUCCCUGCGCGUUUUAUUGCGACCUGCCGGUGGGAACUUUGUCUCCGAGUCGGAGCAGCAUGGAGCGGCGGAGCGAGAGCCCGUGUCUGCGGGACAGCCCCGACCGGCGGAGCGGCAGCCCGGACGUCAAGGGGCCUCCCCCGGUGAAGGUGGCCCGGCUGGAGCAGAACGGCAGCCCCAUGGGAGCCCGCGGGAGGCCCAACGGCGCCGUGGCCAAGGCCGUGGGAGGUUUGAUGAUUCCUGUCUUUUGUGUGGUGGAGCAGUUGGAUAGCUCUCUUGAAUAUGACAACAGAGAAGAACAUGCAGAGUUUGUCCUGGUUCGAAAAGACGUGCUUUUUAGCCAGCUGGUGGAGACCGCGCUCCUGGCCCUGGGGUACUCCCACAGCUCCGCAGCUCAGGCACAAGGAAUAAUCAAGCUGGGGAGGUGGAACCCUCUGCCCCUCAGUUAUGUGACAGAUGCACCUGACGCGACAGUGGCCGACAUGCUGCAAGAUGUCUAUCAUGUUGUGACGUUGAAAAUCCAAUUACAAAGUUGUUCGAAGUUGGAAGAUUUGCCUGCGGAGCAGUGGAACCACGCCACCGUCCGCAAUGCCUUAAAGGAACUGCUCAAAGAGAUGAACCAGAGCACAUUAGCCAAAGAAUGCCCUCUCUCCCAGAGUAUGAUUUCAUCCAUUGUAAAUAGCACAUAUUAUGCCAACGUGUCAGCAACCAAGUGCCAGGAGUUCGGGAGAUGGUAUAAGAAGUACAAGAAGAUUAAAGUGGAAAGAGUGGAACGAGAAAACCUUUCAGACUAUUGUGUUCUGGGCCAGCGUCCAAUGCAUUUACCAAAUAUGAACCAGCUGGCAUCCCUGGGGAAAACCAACGAACAGUCUCCUCAUAGCCAAAUCCACCACAGUACUCCAAUCCGAAACCAAGUGCCCGCGUUACAGCCCAUCAUGAGCCCUGGUCUUCUUUCUCCCCAGCUCAGUCCACAGCUUGUCAGGCAGCAAAUAGCUAUGGCCCAUCUGAUAAACCAACAGAUUGCUGUUAGCCGGCUCCUGGCUCACCAGCAUCCUCAAGCCAUCAACCAGCAGUUCCUGAACCAUCCGCCCAUUCCCAGAGCAGUUAAGCCGGAGCCAACCAACUCUUCUGUGGAAGUCUCUCCAGAUAUCUACCAGCAAGUCAGAGAUGAGCUGAAGAGGGCUAGUGUAUCCCAAGCUGUCUUUGCAAGAGUGGCAUUCAACCGCACACAGGGAUUGUUGUCUGAGAUUCUGCGUAAGGAAGAAGACCCUCGGACAGCCUCUCAGUCUCUUUUAGUAAACCUGAGGGCCAUGCAGAAUUUCCUCAAUCUGCCGGAAGUGGAGCGGGAUCGCAUAUACCAGGACGAGAGAGAGCGGAGCAUGAACCCCAAUGUGAGCAUGGUCUCGUCGGCCUCGAGUAGCCCCAGCUCCUCCCGAACCCCUCAGGCCAAAACCUCGACACCGACAGCAGACCUCCCCAUUAAGGUAGACGGCGCCAACGUCAACAUCACAGCUGCCAUUUAUGACGAGAUCCAACAGGAGAUGAAAAGGGCCAAGGUGUCUCAAGCCCUGUUUGCCAAAGUGGCUGCAAAUAAAAGUCAGGGCUGGCUGUGCGAACUGCUCCGCUGGAAGGAGAACCCCAGCCCAGAAAACCGCACCCUCUGGGAGAACCUCUGUACCAUCCGUCGCUUCCUGAACCUUCCCCAGCACGAGAGGGACGUGAUCUACGAGGAGGAGUCAAGGCACCACCACAGUGAACGCAUGCAGCACGUGGUCCAGCUCCCCCCUGAGCCAGUACAGGUCCUUCAUAGACAGCAGUCUCAGCCAGCCAAGGAGAGUUCUCCUCCAAGAGAAGAAGCACCUCCCCCGCCUCCUCCGACUGAAGACAGUUGUGCCAAAAAGCCGCGGUCUCGCACAAAGAUCUCCUUGGAAGCCCUGGGGAUCCUCCAAAGCUUUAUUCACGAUGUGGGCCUGUACCCCGAUCAGGAGGCUAUCCACACUCUCUCUGCCCAGCUGGAUCUCCCCAAACACACCAUCAUCAAGUUCUUCCAGAAUCAGCGGUACCACGUGAAGCAUCACGGGAAGCUCAAGGAACACCUGGGCUCUGCGGUGGAUGUGGCCGAGUAUAAGGACGAAGAGCUGCUGACGGAGUCUGAGGAGAACGACAGCGAGGAAGGCUCGGAGGAGAUGUACAAAGUCGAGGCUGAGGAGGACAACUCGGAGAAAAGCAAGGUGGCGCCCGCCGACGCCGACCAGAGAUAAUGUGAACUCCACCAGGCCAAGCAAUACUGCGGCCC